CCCGGACGCGCCGGCCCCGCGGGGGCCCCGGCGCCGGCCGGGCUCGGGGGGCUGCGCGGCACGGGGAGGGGGCCGGGCGCCCGCGGCCCGGCGCAGGCCCGAGGCUUCCCCCAGCCCGGGAAUGGUCUGCCCUGUAGGAAACGCACACUCCACUAUUGUCUCAUCAGCACAAAGUUCUGCCACACUGCGGGGACAGUCUGGAGGCUCGCAGUGACUCAGACACAGCUGGUUCCUCCCCUAAUAGCACCGAACCGCGAUCGCAGCAGCCGGUGGUCACCCCCAGUCAAGGUCUAAGGCUGCGGCAGCUCCGGCUCCCGGAGGCCGUUUCCGCGCGCACACGCGCAUCCAUACGUGCAGACGUACUCGGGAUGCGGGUCCCGCCGGCGGGCACCUGGGCACUGCGCCCCACCGGGACGGAGACCGGGACACCCUUUCGGGGGUCCCAGGCUCCUGGCCAUAUUGUUCUCCUUCUCCUCGUGAUAACUCCGCAGUGGAGGUGGAUUCCGUCCAAGACGCCCAACGUGGCUCCGCUCGGCAAUCAGCGCUGCAAUCCCGGCGGUUACCUCCGCGGCGGCGUCUCCCUCUGGGCCCUACACCCGCCGCCCUGGCAGCCCGCGGCCCUCCCCAACUUAGGGCGUUUACAAAAGAAACUACUUCGGACGCGCUGCAAAGGGAGGCGCUUGUGCCCGAAAGCUGGCGAUCAGACGCGGGGCCAUUCUGCACGUGUGAUGUUUCUGUGUGUGUGUGUGUGUGUGUGUGUGUGUGUGUGUGUGUGUGUGUCGGGGUCGGGGGGAGGAGUCAGGCGAAAGACAGGCGAGAACCUCUGCGAGGAAGGAUCCUCGAGUCCUAAAAUGUAAGCUCCGGGUGACUGACGACCUGCGCUGAUUCGGAGAGCAGGCGUGUUAAAGGUCACGGACAAUUGUUGCUGGCUUCAGCAUGAAUGCCGAAGUGGGAUGUAUUCUUGAACAAUCACAUUUAAGCCUGAGUCACCGAAAAGUAUUGACGUGCCCACCAUUCAUUUCAGUUCACUGUGAAAAAGCGCGGAGUAUCUCCAAAUUCAAUUAAUUACAUAGGCGUAAGUGGCUUGAUACACAUAUUAUUAUGUCUGUGUAGGUAACAACAAAGAUUACAGUUUGAAGGCUUGACACUUUAAUAGCGUUUUGGUAGGAUUUUGGAAUGGAUGUGAGUCAGUGCUAUAAACCUACAUUCAUCUGCAUUCUUGGGUCUAUUUAAAAGUACAAUCUCGCACUAAUUAUUUCCAUGUGUUGAAAAUGGACAAGGUAGAUCAUUGAACGGUGAGCAAGACUUCCAAACCUCUCACAUAAAACUGUAAAAUGUUCAUGACUUGCCUCCUUUCUCUAGCCGGCUUAGGGCCCUGUCUAAAGUCCCACAUGUGAUUUCACUCAGGGCAUUGUCUGUCUACAAUAAUAUUGUGCUUUUAAACGAUUUCCUUUCUUACACAUUUCUCUACAAUGCAUGCGAAAUCUGAGAACGUAAUCUGAUGGGUGUGCAGGAGUUAAGUCCUGGUGUCUGGUGUGGCAGGCCUAGAAAAUGGCAGCUGGAGGGCCUGCUUCAUUUCGUUACUGACGAUCGAAACGUGUUCACAUUGAUUGCACACUAGUCACUGGCGGUUGUCCAUGUGUCAAUGCGCUAUUCCUCCACACACAAAAAAAAGCAUAACAAUCAAAUGUUUAAUACAAGUUUCCAUACUGUUCCUGUAACCACAUUUAGCACUGCCAACAUUUCAACUGUUUUAAUAGCUUCAAACACUUAAAGUAACCAUUAGGGAUUAAGGACACUGGUUGUAUACAUAAUAUAAACCCCUGGAAUGGCCCAGGAGAGCUUCUCCUAUUUUGAAAUGUUUAGGUAAAUUAUAAUAUUUGGAUGGAGCAAAGUCAGCAGUAUGAAUGGUUGAAUGUUAAUGGUUGAUUUGGGCUACUUGUUUUCUUUUAGUGAUAUGUGAUAUUUUACACAAGUAGGGGGUAUGUGUAUUUGUUACUUACAAGCACAGAGUGUGUCAUGAUCAAGUCGGGGCACUCAGGGUACUCAUCCCCUGGGGUAUUUAUUGUUUCUAUGCCUUGGGAACAUUUCAAGUCCUCUCUUGUAGCUACUUUGAAAUACACAAUACACUGUUAUCAACUAGUCGCUCUAAUCUGCUAUCAAAUAUUAGAACUUAUCCCUUCUAACUGGGUGUUUGUACCCAUUCAGUUACAUCUCCUCAUUUCCCCUCCCACCCUCUAUUUAUAACUUUAUAACAGGCAAUAAUUUUGGUUAACGAAGUAAAUGGGGGAAAACAUUUUCCCUUGCUAUUAUCUAAUGAAUCAUUUGGGAGUCCACUCCUUUCAACGUUUGAUGAAAUGGUGUUCAAUGGUUAUGGAAUGACUGAGGACAUUUAGAUUAGAAAGAUUCUUGAGGACUUCCAUUAAAAAAAAUAGUUCAGAAUAAAAACCAAAAAGAACUCCUGCCGCCCCCCGCCUUCCCCCGCCAAAAAAUAGGCCUUGAGUGCCUGAAAGCUGGAAGUGAAACUCUCUGUACUAUAUCAUAAAAUCUAAGACAAACUAAAACCUGUGUAUUAAAUAUUCAUGCUCCAAAAUGUAAGUGCUUUGAUUGGACAGUUGGGUGUGCCACUCAGUAAAUAAUAUUAAUCCUAUUUGUGUAAAUGUAUUAGGAUUUUCUAAAUUAUAUCUGAGAAAGAAUUAUAUUAUGCAACUAAGUUAAGGAGUAAUCUUUUGUUUUCUGAACCAACUUAAAUUUAGAGAUUUCAGAGUAGAUUAGGGAUAAAUUUGCUUUAAAUUAUCAAUAAGUGUUCCUACGUAAAGACUUUUAGGAGGAGUAGAGCUGUUCGCUGCCUUUGUACUGUUUCGAAUAGGUAACUAUUUGGUGUAUAAAUGGAAAUUGACUAUUUAAUCACUGAUAGUUUCAAAAAUAUUACACUAAUCCUAAUGUGUUGGAGAUUCUUUUUCCCUAAAAUCUUUUCUUUUCAUGGAACUAAACAAUUCAGAGACUAUACUGCAUUUGAAUAUGGAGGAAGAAACAGCCUGUGAGCAAGGAUGUAUCAAUAUGAAAUUUAACACAGGAUAAUCCCCUUUGUGGAUGGUGUGGCAAAAUUACGAUUAUUUUUUAAAUCGAGUCUUUUAUGAAGUGGUUUCAGACUGCUUGAAUCUAAACUUACCUAACAGAAUAUUUUUAAUCUUAAUUUAGGAAACUGUCUCAGUUCUCAUACACAUUUCUUACAAACACACACGCACACACACACACACACGCACACAAAAGAAAUCACCUCGAAUGGGCUCUUCACCCAGAGUCUCCCAUGUUUGCCCUGAGAGAGCUUCUUACCGAGCUUUCUCUUGUGGGGUCUUUUAUUUACAGGAUAACUGGAGGUGAAACUGACGGUGGCUUAGGUUUCAUCAUGCUUGAGACUUGCACAUUGCUUGAAAUACUUUUGUGAAAAUGUCUUCCUCUCUCUUCUGUAUUCAAGUCUAAGAUGCCUUCAACAUGCAGUUGUGCCUGAAUUUUUAGUUUGCUGAAUAAUUUGGAAUGCAUCGCCUCAAGAUUGGGUGCAAAAUGGACCCAUAUGUGUGGGACAGAGAACGCUUUACUCAUUUUCACAGUGGCAGAAAUCUUAAGAACUUUCCCACGGAACCAGCAUUGUUAACAAUCUGUCCUUGUUUUCCACACAGAAAAAAAAAAAAAAAAAAAAUGCUUGCUGACCCAUACACUAUUGUUAUUGCAACACAGAUUUUUCUCUUACUGAUUUUUGUGCGUAUAUUUUGAAUAACACUAAAGAUGACAUUAAGAAAUAACAAACCUGGAUCACAGAGUAAGGCUCUUUCUGCAACGGAGGCGAAAGCUUUGUGGAAAAUGUACUACCCAUUAGAGCAACCGCAGUCACAUUUUCUCACCGUUUGCAGUUUUUGGUAACUCCAUCAGGACUUCACAGCAGGUAGACGACCCUCAAAUCUGUUCUUGAUUUCGACUUCAGUAGAAGACUCUCAGCAACAGCUGGCUUCACAAUCGCUGAUACAGAAUUCCACAGAUGAAUGGUUUGAAGAAUAAAAGGAACUAGGCCACAGAGCAGAAUUCGUUUAAGAAAAGACAAAUUCAAUAAAGAUUCCUCUUUUGAAAGAUUGCCGACGUGAGGGAAGAGAGGGCCUUGUUUUUCUUAUUACCUUUUCUUAUAAUCCUACAACAGUAUGUUAAUUACUUAACAGAUAGGUUGUGACCUGUUAACACCACACAUUCUUACAACAGCAAAACCAUUGACUUUCUCUGCCCCCAAAGCUCAUUAUGGCUCACCAUGCAUAACUGAUCACAUGUGCAUGUUUAUGCACACUUUCCUGACGGAACUGAAAAUGAAAUAAGGGAAAUAGCAACGUCUCCUUCACUGUGGGGAGGAUAGGUACACUUAUAAUGAAACUGAGCAUGAAGACCUUCGCGUGAGAUCUCUUUGACACAUACAUGAUACAGUUUGAAGGAAAGCCGACUUGGCAUUGAGGUGGUUCGCUGGUGUAAGAAACAGAACCGUAAGAAAAGAGGUGGUCAGCCUAUGAAUCAGUCGUCACAAUUAAGGAAUAAAGACGUUUUGCUGAGGGACAGGCCAGCCACAGUUUUGGAGGGGGGACUUUUUAAUGCACGUACAAUGAAAUGUUGUAGCCAUUUUUAAGUGUACAAUUCAGUGGUGUCAGGCACAUUCACAAUGUCGUACAGCGGUCUCCACUCUCCAUCUCCACAGCUUUCCAUCAUUCCAAAUAGAAACUCAGUCCCUCUAAACAACACCUCCUCAUUCUUCCUCCCCCAGGGCCUGGCUUCCACCACUCUGCUUUCUGUCUCUACGAAUCUGCCUACUCCAGGAGCCUCGUACAAGUAGAAUUAUACAGUAUUUGUCCUUUUGCAAUUGGCUUAGCAGAGUUUCACUUAGUAUAAUGUCCUCAAGCUCAUCCAUGUUGUAGCAUGUAGCUCGGUACAGUUCUGCCUAUCUUAAAGACACAUAGAUUGUAAAUGCAGGAGAGAACUUUUAGAAGAAACUGCUUAAUGCAGUGACUAUAAUUUCAUCAAAAAGCAUUCUCAAGAAUUUUUCAUCCAGGCAUGGUGGCUCACGCCUGUAAUACCAGCACCCUGGGAGGCUAAAGCAGGCAGAUCACCUGAGGUCAGGAGCUCGAGAUCAGCCUGGUCAACACGGUGAAACCCUGUCUCUACUAAAAAUACAAAAAUUAGCCAGGCGUGGUGGUGGGCACCUCUAAUCCCAGCUACUUGGGAGGCUGAGACGAAGGAAUCGCUUGAACCCGGGAGGCAGAGAUUGCAAUGAGCGGAGAUCGUGCCACUGCACUCCAGCCUGGGAGACAAAGAGUGAAACUCCAUCUCAAAAUAAAAAAAAAGAACUUUUUUUUCUGUUACCUAAAAUGAUUGAUUUCCUCAUUUGGCUGUCUUUGUCUUUGCUCACCUUGUAAGCUUCAAAAGAAAUCUGACAGAAAGCCUUACCUCCCUCCCGAAUGGAAACUAUAAUGACAGGAAGCCACCCUAUGGCCGAAUUUGUGUUAAAUUCUUUCUGGUUAGUAUUUACAGAGCCUAUUUACGACUUAUAAGCAGAUGACUAAAAAAAAAGAAAGAAAGAAAGGAGGAAAGAUGUAACAGUAAGGCAUACUUAAAAUCAGAAAAUUAAAAUUACAAUCAAUACAAAGCAACAGAGAGGUUGCAACAUCAGGCGCUUGAGAUGGGUUGGUCAUGCGGCCACGCACUAAGGCACCCCAAGCUUCCUGGCCCCAAGGAAGAACCGUUGGUUAAGAGAACUGAUCUUUCCGGGUACUGAGCUAGGACACAGGCGUGGGUCUCGGUCAUGACUGAAGCAUUCCAUUUCAGAACAGACAGAG